AUGCAGCAGUUUGUAGAGACAACUAAAAUUGCCCAUAUCAGACCACACCACCUGUUACUGGGGACUGUGUCUCUAGCCAUCUUCUCUUGGCUUCUUAUAAGUUGUUAUCUGGACUCGGCAUCCCACUGUCAGGGCUUGAUAUACCAAGAUUUUAUAUGUGACCAGUAUCAGAAAAUGACAGUUGGUGGAGAGCUAUGUAAAGAUCUUUGUGAAGAUGGCAAGCUGAAGAUGGGGACCUGUCAGCUAAAUUCUAAACAUGGUGCUAGUGUGGAAUUCAAAGUGGACAAGAAGGUGAUCAAGGUAAAGAGGGACACCUUCCUCAGCAUAGUGGGAGGAGUGCGAGACGGGGACACAUUCAACAUGCCCACCAAAGGAACAAGCAUGGAGAGUUUUCGCCUCAUGGUCAGUUCAUUAGUAGUCAGCAGACUGGGCGGUGAUGACCAUCUGGAGUUAGUGACCAGAAUACUGGACAGGGCAGAUGUUAAUAUGGAUGGGAAGGUGUCACUUGCAGAAGCCAAAAGUAUAUGGAGUCUUCUACAGAACAGCGAUUUCUUCAUUUCCUUCAUUUUUCAAAACACAGAAUUUGUGCCCAAAAUCCAGAAAUUCUGUGGCAAUAUAUUUGCUGUAGAAGAAGUUCCCCACACAUAUUUAUAUGACAAGGAUAACCCAUCAUAUCUGAGGUGGAUAUUUGCUAACUCAUAUCAGUGGCUACAACCAAGCUGGCACCAUCGGGCAAAAAUUGUUGUUGGUCUAUUGGAGUUCAUAAUGGCAGUAUACCAGUAUAGAAAUGCAGGGGAGUUUUAUAUCUGCCAUUUAGAUGAGUCAGUUGUGGGAUACACACGUCGCUAUGACAUGAGAUUUUUAGGAGUGUCCCAGUUGCUUCCAAAGCAGACAUUUAUGAAGGUGAUGCAGCUUCGCCAGUGUUUUUCAGACGAGGACUGUUUUUACUCAAAAACCUGCAGCUCAAAAUGUGACAUUUCACAGCACACUUGCUCAGGGAGUCUCAUCAAACCUAAUCUUUUUCAUGCCUGUCAGUUACUCAGAGAAUAUCUGUUGUAUGACUUAGUGGGUGGCGAGAGAGUGGAGCUCUCAGGGAUGCUGCGCACGUGUCGGGCUCUUGACAACAAUAAGACGUCUGCUGACUUAGAUCAUGCAGUGGUACUCAAUAAUAUGAAAACAUGGCUGUGGAACAAAAUACAGAACAAAGUUUCUUGAUAUUUUGUGGUGCUGAUUAUUCUCUGUGAGGACUUUUUUUUUUUAGAAUUUUAGGUGAUUUUCUAGUCACUGUUUAUUGUCUUCCAGUUUUGUUUCUUUUUAUGAUUUUUUAAAAUCAAAGACAUUUAAAGAAAUUAAUUUUAAACUUUACCUACACAUCUUAUAGUUUGAUUAUUGUAGUGACGCAAACAAUUUUUGAUUGUGAUAAACUAAUCAUAAAUUUGUGCCAUAGUGAUGACAUAUCUCAGUAAACAUGCUGAUUUGCAUGAUUAUCUAUAUUCAUGUAAAUAAAAGGAAGAGGGUCUAUUUUUUAAACUUGUAGACUUCUGAAUAACAACUGAGAACCACUGAAAACCAAAUGUGAGAAACAGUUAUUGCCAAUCGUAUGACCAAAAUCACUUAUCUCUUUCCUCAUUCAAAAUUGAGAUCUCUGUGUGAUCUACAUACGGACAGCUCAUAUCUCUAUUUUUUCGGAGUCCAUAUGUUGUUUUAUUUUAUCAAGGCCCAUUGAAAAAGGGUCAAAGUGCCAUGCCUGGUAGGCAGAAAUGUGUGUAUAGUCUCUCUUUAAGUGCUUAGAUAUUUACUUUUUAUCAUCAUUAUUAAUAUACUAUACUAUACUUGUAAGGAAGGCCGCAAAUAAGUCAGCAUUAAAGUUUUUUUUUCUAUCCAGGGGAUUGUGAGAUUUAUUUAAGAUUGUAUAUUUGUGACAAUCACGGCUAGAUCCAGCAUUAAUAUUAUGAUAUUAAUUGUGUUGUGUGUGUUUUUUAUUUUUAUUUUAUUUAUUUUUUUUAUUCCCCUUUGUCCAACUGGGUUAGAUAUGCUGAGCAUUUUGCAAUACUUUUUUGGUCCUUAGAUAACUCAUGAAUACAAAUGCAGGGUAAAUGAACUUUUUAUUUACAAAUCAGACUGGUGUAGACUUAUUAAUUGAUUCUGUUGAUGUUGCUUAUUAUGGAAACGAAUGCCUUUGAUAGCAGUGUAUUGAAUGGCACUCAGUUUUGCUGCUGGUCCCUUU